UCUGAUGCUGCUACUUGGGUGAUUCCAAUAGUUGGUAUUGAGGGAAUUGGGAAGACGACGCUUGCUCAGUUAGUUUACAAUGAUCAGAGUCUAGAUGGACAUUUUGAUAUGAAGAUUUGGGUUUCUUUAUAUGGCAAUUUCAGCACGAAGAAGCUUCUUGGUGAAAUUUUGGAGUGUGUGACUAAGCAUAGGUGUGAAUCCUCCCAGAUGGGUGUUUUGCAAUCCCAACUCCGAGACUCAUUAUGCGGAAAGAGAUAUCUACUUGUACUGGAUGAUGUGUGGAAUGAUGAUCAUGAAGAGUGGGAUAAAGUGCGGAGCGUGUUAAGAUGUGGAGCAGAAGGAAGCAAAAUUAGAGUCACCACCAGGAGUGAAAAAGUUGCUUCUGUAACGAGUACUGCUCCUCCGCACCAUUUGGAAGCCCUAACCAAAGAUGAUUGUUGGACCUUGUUCAAGCAGCAAGCCUUUGCAUAUGGUGAAGAAGAUGCCUUCUCAAACCUAUUGCCUAUUGGUCAGCAGAUUAUAGACAAGUGCCACGGUGUGCCUUUAGCAGCUAAAGUUCUUGGUGGCUUGUUACGGUCCAAAAGAGAGGAAGAUGAAUGGUUACGUGUGCAAGAAAGUGAUCUGUGGAACCUUGAUGCUGGUGAGAACAGAAUAUUAUCUGUCCUGAGGUUGAGUUUCAAUGACUUGCCAUCACAUUUAAAGCGAUGCUUUGCAUAUUGUGCCAUAUUUCCUAGAAAUUAUCAUUUAAGUAAGGAAAAGUUAAUCCAACAGUGGAUUGCAGGCGGCUUAGUUCAAUUAUCUGCAGGUGACGACCUUAACAUGCUUGAGCAAAUUGGCAAUGAGUGCUUUAACAAUUUACUGAAGGUCUUUUUUCCAACUCGCAAGCAUUAUCAAGCACAAGUAGUUGCUGAUGGUGAUCUUGCACAAACUCGACAUGCAUUGGUUGACAGUAAUAACAGGUCCAAUCUGCUGCCAGGAGCCUUGUACAAAGCACAUAAAUUGUGUACCCUCAGCCUCUUGGCUUCUGUAGAUACAUCAAUGGAAGCUCUAAGAAACCUAGUUUUGAGUUUUAGGCACCUUAAAAUUUUGAAUUUGAGCGGAAGUGGCAUCAAAAGGAUGCACAGAUCCAUCGGUGAUUUGAUAUAUUUGAGAUAUCUUGACCCCUUAAAUACUCCUCUCGAAACAUUACCAGAGACAAUUGGUCAUCUGAUGCACUUAUCUGCCAUGUUUACCCACAGAAAUAACAGAGUUAGUAAAGCAGAUACAUUUAAACAUAAAGGAUUGUGCAAGGCUUACUUGGCUCCCUUAUCGUAUUUUCCAUCUAUAGAGGCUUCAGACUUUACCAUAUUUAUUGCUUGGCCAGAUAUUGGUAAUCUCUGUAAACUAAAUCUUCGAGGUGAGUUGAAAAUUAAGCACCUUGAGAAUGUUACUUAUGUCCCUAGAGGAUCGGAGGGGUAUUUCAGGGACCAAAGUUUUUCAGGCUAUCUGGAACAUAUGCAACUUCACACAUUGGGACUAUUUUGGGGGGAUGGUGAUGCAGGUAAGUUCAAUCAAAACACAUCAAGACAAACCAGACAAAGUGCAGCUGUAUCUGAGCGUUUGAUGGAAAGCCUUCAGCCAAACCAUAAUAUAAGAAGUUUGUCAAUAAAUGGAUAUUCACGACGCCAAUUCCCUCUCUGGAUGAGUUCGGAUGCAAUCAGCAAUUUGACAGAGCUCAAGUUAGUCAAUUGCAAAAGUUGUCAAACUCUCCCUAAGCUUGGCCAACUUCCAUUCCUUAAGUGUCUCAACAUCCAAGGGAUGGACAAUGUGGUGAAAAUCGAUGAUGAGUUCUCUGGUGGAGGAAUGAGGCCGUUUCCAUCAUUGAAUGAACUAACCUUUCGAGACUUUCCUGAACUAAGAACUUGGGAAAGCAUGGGUUCAACAGAAGCUUUCCCUUGCAUCAAGAGACUAUCCAUCAUUAAAUGUCCGUUCUUAAAAACGAUGCCAUGGUUUCCAACUCUUCAACGCUUAAUGGUGCAAAACUGUGAUCCAUUGCUACUUAGAUCAGCAGCAGAGCUAAGAACACUUGUGACUCUUGUUAUUGACUCCUUUCGGGAGUUAUCUUUCAUACCGAAAGUACUGCCAGCAAACUGUUUGCUUCUUACGUCUUUGACAGUUAUCUCUUGUCCCAACCUUCAAACAUUGCCUGCUAAUUUGGGGAAAAUCACUGCUCUGAAGUCAUUGAAAAUUGGUUGGUGUGAGAUGCUGGCCAGUUUGCCUCAUGGAUUAGAAAAUCUCAUCUCUCUAGAGAAUUUGGAUAAUAACCCCAUUUUCCUAACAACUUGUUUGCCAACGGGAAUGCAACAUGCCAUGGCCCUUGAGCGCCUAACAAUUAUGUAUUGUUCGAAUCUGGCUUCUCUACCGGAUGGUCUGCAAAAUCUCUUGGCACUUAAGAGCUUGACCAUUUUAAGUUGCCCAGAAUUAGCAUCCCUGCCAGAAGGGGUUCAGCAUAUGAAGAUGCUACAAAAUCUGGAAAUUCGUAGCUGUCCAAAACUCAUGGCUCUGCCAAAGGUAAACAACCUUGUUUCAUUACGAUCUUUGGCAAUUUCAGACUCUCAAAAUAUAAAGUCUCUACCGGAAGGCAUCCAGCAGCUCGGUGAACUUCAACACCUUUCCAUUCAAGACUGUCCUGAACUUGAAAAACGAUGCAAGAGAGGGGAAGGUGAGGAUUGGCAGAAGAUAUCUCACAUCCCAUAUGUUUAUAUAGGAACAUCAAUACUUCAAAACAGACUGGACACUGCAGCCAGCUCCUCAAGUUCAUAGGUAUGACUCUUUCUCGUUAGUUCUUUUGAUUUUAGCUAUAAACAAAUCCCUGAUGGUUAGAAGUUUAAUUAGAUUUGGAUUUUGGAUUUAGUUCAUUCACUUUAUUCAUUUUAUGGUUCUCCAUAAUUGAUUUUUGGUUGUGCUUGUAUCCUCCUCCUGUUAUUGAUUCACCUGAUUUUGGUAAAUUAAGGAUCCCGGUGAAAUUAACUAUUCUAAAUUGUAUCAUUUAAGCCAAAGGCAGUGGUAACUGGUGGAAUUGGGUUAUUUGUAAAAUUUUUCAUAAUGCAAAAUCAGAACCAUAAAAUUGCUCCUCGCAAGUAACUCCUUGCCCUGUUCUUAUUGCAGGUAACACUAGGGUGGCAAAAAGAUAUAGUAGUAUCUAUUUCGCAUGUCAAACAUUUCCAUCUGAUCUGCUUCUGUGAUUUACUUCAAAAUGAACAUACAAAGGAGCAGGCUAAAUUUAAUAGUCUCACCGAUUUCGGUUCCAUCAGGUUUCCUAGUUUGCUUGGCAUUCUAUUGCUUUAAGGUCAGCUGCAUCUAAUUUGUGGGAACAAGUUCUAGUUGCUGUAUUGCAUAAGGAGAUAUCUCACAUCCCAUGUCUUAUUACAAUGAUCUGUUUGCGGAGACCAGGUUUGCUAGUUUGCUGGCCAUUCAUGUGCUUCAAG